AUGCUGGAUGACCUCCCCAUGGUGAUUACAAACCUGGAUGUCGACGCCUGCGAGCUAACCCCGACCGUUGCUGGCAGCUUACUGCGUAGCCGCCAAAAUGCCCCAGGCUUGAAGCUGCUCUUGACCAUUGGUGAAAUGCUCAGUGAGCCCGUUAUAAAAGAAUUUGGAGGCAGCCCGGAGGUGGAAACAAUGCUUUGGGCAAUUACUCUUGUCCCAGGCAUGUCCUCCAACUCAUCGCCCAACAUUAUUGGGAUUCCGCUCGACACGGUGUCCUGCUACGUCAUCUCUGGAGACUACAAGCCCGAGGACCCGUCGUCUUUCGUCGUCCUGCCGCGCGGGUCUAUCGGCGAGCUCGUAGUGGGAGGCUACCAAAAUGCCGAGGGCUACCUUAAUAGAGCCGAACAGACUGCAUCCGUUUUUGUCGAUUCGCCUGUUGGUCCUGUUUAUCGAACUGGGGAUUUAGCACGAAUCCGCGAAGAUGGCGCGCUCGAAUGUUUAGGCCGCAUGUCGGAGGGUCAAGUCAAGCUUAGGGGCCAGCGCAUUGAACUUGGCGAGGUGGAGCACGCGGCUCUCCGGGUACCUGGGUGCCACAGCGCCGUGGCUGCCGUUGUCAACAACAUUCUCGUUCUGUUUUGCGCGGUUGACGCCCACGAAGACAUGGGUAUCAUCGAUACGGCAAUCGCGCAGAUGUGUGCUGAGUGGCUCCCUGCCUUUAUGGUUCCUGGGGACAUCAUAGCCAUGCAAAGCUUUCCGAGGUUAGCAUCGGGGAAAGUCGACCGCAAGCAACUAAAGGCGGAUUACCAAAAGUUGCUCUCCGAGCGCGACUCUGGAGGAAAUAUCGAAAAUGAGGUGUCGCCUUUAGCCAUGCGUCUUAUCACGACGAUAUCUGCAAUGACUGGUACAAAGGUUGGACUGGGAACAGCCCUGGUAUCCGCCGGAAUCGACUCGUUAGGUGCCAUCAAGCUCUCUUCUCUAUUACGGCGGGAUGGGCUCAAUGUCAGCUCGAUCCAAAUCUUGAAAGCUCGAACUUCAUCGAUGCUGGUUGAGACAAGCCAUAACCCAGUGGCCUAUUGCAACGCUAUUGAACUCCAGUUUCCGGUGGGAUUGAAAGCAGCGGAUAUUAGUACCGCAUUUCUCGCCCUCAUCCAGGCCAACGAAAUAUUAAGGACGGGGUUUGCUUACCACGAGGGCCAGUUUCUUCAGAUUGUCCUUAACGAGAUCGACCAUUCCCAAGUCAGCUUGGUAAAGUCUUUUGACACCUCGUUCAAAAUUUCGGAGGAGGCGGAUUUCCUCCGUCCCCUUAGAAUCCAGAUCCUGGAGAAUAAUGACGCUGGGCAUCGUGCCCUCAUCCAUUUGCACCACAGCAUUUACGAUGGCUGGUCUUUCGAUAUGAUGCUGACGGAUCUAUGGGCUCUACUGCAAGGUUCACAGCUCAACCGCGAAACUUGCGCAGUCCUUGGCUUAGAAGACGUGGUGAUCGGCUCAGUCACCUCCGGUCGCACCGUAGAUCUACCAGAGGUUGAACGCAUAAUUGGCCCAUGUAUUGCUUCAUUGCCUCUCCGGGUCAACUUGGGCAAUGUGCCGACCGUUGCUGAUCUUCUCCGACUUAUUCACACCACCAACCGAUCGGUGAUUCAGCAUGCACUACUCCCGCUUACCGACAUCAAAAAGCUAGCAAGCCUAACGGGAAAGCAGAGUCUGUACGACGUUUUGUUCGUUUAUCAGGAGUCCCUACCCAGUCAAGAAGCCAAAGGUGCCCACAUCCAGCAAGUCUCUCACUUGGACAUGCUAGAGACACCGAUCUUACUCGAGAUUGAGCCCCGUGGAGGAGAAUACCAUGCCCAACUUACCUACCACGCCGAUAUCCUAGAUUUAGGGCUAGCGGAUAUGCUGCUCAGCAUACUUGAUCAACUUAUAGGGAAGCUUGUCCAGAAGCCAACAGCGCCACUCGAAUCAUUGAGAGAAGACUUGCCUCCCCACUUCCUUUCCAUACAUAACCCACAGGUCCGCCGCUAUGCCGGAAGCCAAGAUCUCGCCGAACUCGUGGAACUGUCGGCAGAAAAAUCGCCCGACAAGCUGGCAGUCGUAUUUGCUAGAUCCCUCUCAUCAGGACAACGUGAGGAAGAGACAUUGUCGUACGGGGAGCUCAAUAACCUCGCAAAUAGAAUUGCUCAAUGGAUUCGCGAAACUGACCCCGGCGGUGACAAUCGCAUUGCCGCUAUAAUAAUGGAAAAGUCGACUCUAUUUUAUGCAUCCCUGCUCGGCAUUCUAAAAUGUGGGCGUCCUUAUCUGCCAAUCCUACCAUCAACCCCACCAAAGCGCAUCCAAGCCAUCCUCGAGCAGUCUCGAGCAUCGAUAUGCCUUCUGGAUGACAGCUCUCAGGCUAUCCCCGGCCUUGCCAAUGGAAAUGUCCAACGCGCCGACUUGACAAAAUUCUCGGAUUCAACACCGACAAGGCUGAGUGAUGGCAGCCGGCCGGCCUAUGUGAUUUACACCUCGGGAACCACGGGGACUCCGAAAGGCGUUGUACUCACCACCCUAAACAUUGUUAGCCAUCUGGAUACAUUAGAGGGCAUCUAUCCUGUCGAAGAUACCUCCCGGCUGCUCCAGUCCUGCUCCCAAGCCUUUGAUGUCUCCGAUCUAGAAAAGGCCAUUCGAGAGUUAGAUGUCACUCACUUGAGCAUGACACCGACAGUUGCGUCGCUGGUCAAACGAAAGGCUGUACCAAACGUCCAGUUCCUUGUAACCGCGGGUGAGCCAAUGACGCAAGCCGUAUUUCACGAGUGGAAGGGUGCUCUAUAUCAAGGCUACGGGCCAAGUGAGACUACGAAUAUCUGCACGGUCAAGAAGAUGGCCGAGGGAGAUCAUAUUGAGCACCUUGGGCAUGCUUUUGAAAACACCUCCACAUUCGUUUUCUACCCCGGAAGUCUUCUCCCAACCCCGUUUGGCACAGUUGGUGAGCUGUGCUUCGGUGGCGAUCAAGUCGCACAAGGUUACCUCAAUGAGCCUGCGCUCACGGCUUCCAAAUUUAUCGCUCAUCCGAGUUUUGGUACUCUCUACCGCUCAGGCGAUCUGGGUAGGAUGCUACCUGAUGGCUCAAUCCUCAUUCUCGGAAGGCUGGAUGACCAAGUCAAGCUGCGGGGGCAGCGGAUCGAUGUAGGCGAAAUUAGCAUCUACUUCUCUAGCCAACGAUUCAAGGUCCUUGAGUUGCCGGAGGAGGAAAAGGCGUACCAACAUCGCCUAUUCUCGGCCCUAGAAGUUUCUUUGCCUUCCUAUAUGGUCCCAUCAUACCUGAUACCAAUAUCUGUCAUCCCAAUGACGCCGAGCGGGAAGGUCGCCAAGGCUGAGCUUCGAGUAGCGUUCCAGGAGCUUGCGUUAGAUGCGCUGGAAGGGAUGUCCUCCAUCGCGCAGGCAGCCGUUGAUGGGGUGUCAGAACUUUCUAAUGAUGAGAUCCGAGUCAUGGAGGCUAUUUCUUCGUCGCUCAAGGUGGAUAGGGCCGUCAUCACUCGUUGGUCCCCGCUUGUCACCCUGGGACUGGAUUCAAUCACUGCCAUCUCUUUGGCUAAAUCUCUGUCCGCUAUCCUCGAGAAACGGGUCGCCAUCUCUUUAGUGCUGCAGAAUCCGUCGGUUGCACAACUGACAAGGGCUCUUUUUACUGGAGAUAAGCAAUCACAGGAUCGUGAGGAGCUGAGACAAGCCGCCUGGCUUCCAAAGGACGAAAUAAUCCACCCCGUCGCGUCUAAGUUCCAGGAUAAAGAUCUUGCAAUUCACAGUAUCCUCCCGUGCACUGCAUUGCAGGAAGCUAUGCUCGCUUCCCCUCUCGACGACAUUUAUUACAACAACAUAGUUCUUCGUCUCAAAGUUUCUCCAAGCGAUAUGGAGGAAUACUGGAAAGUCAUGUGCGCGCGCCAUUCGAUCCUCCGAACCUGCUUCAUGUCUACAGAUGAUCCGGACCAUGCAUUUUUCGAAGCUGGGCUACCGUUAGUCGAUAUCAUGGCGGCAUGGGAGGCUACUUUCCGGACGCACUCAAUGCUUCGAGUGGGAUUCGUUCAAUUAGACAGCCCUGAUUACCCAGAUAUCAGUUACGCUAUGGUCAAGUACACACACAACGCUAUACCGAUGCCGGUCUCAGUCAUGCCUCCGGGCUCCAAGCUCAAUCUAGCUAAAUGGAAACUCGACAUGGCUCAGGAAGUUUUGGAAACCCUUCACGAACCACCUUGGAGAGUAUCGCUGUUGGAACAGGCUGAUCGGGUGUCGAUGUACCUAACAAUUCACCACGCACUCUACGAUGCCCACUCUCUACAGAUAAUCCUCGGCGAUCUCGCCCGCUGCAUCAACGGUGGUCGAGCACACGAGUCUGUCACAAUUGAAAAGGCCGUUGGAAGCCUAUUGGCACUCAUGUCGAGGGACGGCCAGAAGGACAGCGAGGCCUUCUGGAAUUCAUUCUCCGGCGAAGCGGUGGUGAACCCCUUCCCGACGAUGACGCCUCUGCGAGUGGCCCAAGGCCAACUGCAGAGCCUCUCCACUAACUCGUCGCUUUCGCUUAAAGAAGCAACGCAUGCUUGCAGAAGCGCCAAUAUUUCCCUUCAGGCUGCCCUACAAGCCGCCUGGACCCGAGUUCUAUCCGCUUAUCUUGGCGAGGAACUUGUAAUCUUUGGAACGGUUUUGGCCGGAAGGGUUGAUGAAACGAUGCAAAAGGCGGCCUUCCCCUGUAUAACGACGGUACCCGUUAUCGCGAAAAAUAACAAUUCAAACCGAGGUCUGCUCGAUUCUAUGAUGUCGCUUAACAAGGAACUCCAUCUCCAUCAAUUCUCUCGGCUCUCCGACAUUCAGCGGUGGCUCGGCCACCCUGGCCGCUCUCCGUUUGACACCCUCCUAGUGUACCAAAGAAGCUCGAGCUCCACUACAGCGCCCUGGGUGGUCAGACAGGAUGAGGGAGUCGUGGACUAUCCCGUAUCGAUCGAGAUUGAAACACCAGCCAAUGCCCCCAUACGCUUUUGUAUCACAUUCAAGACAGACAUUCUGCCGCAAGAACAGGCGUCCAUUAUUCUCAAUCAGCUUGACGCUGCUCUGCGUCAUCUUCUCCUUCAACCGGAAGGAAAAGGAGACGAUCUAUGGCCAAACGCCCCUUCGUUGGCUUCCAUAGCCCCGGCGCUUAACUCGGAGCUCCCUAGCGAGGUCACACUCGCUCAUCAACUAGUGGAAGCCCAAGCGGCUUUAAGGCCGAAUAAAGUUGCUCUAGAAUUCGUGAGCGACUUUAUCGGCGAAGCAGCCGUCUCUCAAACUUGGACAUUUAUUGAGUUGAAUGAUAUUGGUGAUAGGGUUGCGGCACUCUUAUCUCGCAAUAUUUUACCUGGUUCAAUAGUGGCCGUACACUUUGACAAAUGCCCCGAGGCCUACUUCUCUAUCCUUGGCAUCCUUAAAGCUGGAUGCGCGUUUCUAGCCCUUGACCCUUCAGCGCCUGUCGCUCGUCGAGAGUUCAUCCUCAAGGACUCCAAGGCUGCGGCGCUGCUUGUGCGGUCCAAGCGCGACCUAGAUCUCCAGGCCAGUAUCCCGGUUGUGGAGAUCCAGGAGCACUCCUUGCCGGGCACCACAGAUUUUGACGCCCAAGCUCGUGUGACGUCCCCUGAUGCUACCUGCUACUGUCUUUAUACUUCUGGUACUACUGGCGAGCCCAAGGGGUGCGAGAUAACACAUGAGAACACGGUGCAGGCUUUGAUGGCCUUUCAGAGCCUCUUUAGAGGCCACUGGGAUGAUGACUCCCGAUGGCUGCAAUUCGCAUCCCUUCACUUCGACGUCUCAGUGCUCGAACAAUACUGGAGUUGGUCUGUUGGGAUGACGGUCGUAUCAGCACCGAAAGAUCUCAUUCUCGACGAUCUCGAAGGGACCAUUAAGAGGCUGAGAGUCACUCACAUCGAUCUUACACCAAGGGAGCAGCUCAAGCAGGACAUUUUAGACGCAUGGGGCCCCAAGGGCGUCAUUUAUAACGCUUACGGGCCAACGGAAGCAACUAUUGGCGUCACCAUGAGGCAGCAGGUGCCGUCGAACGGUAGACCGAUCAAUAUUGGCCGACAAUUCCCCAAUGUUGGAACGUAUGUCUUCCGACAAGGUACGGAAAUCCUGGUACCAAAGGGAGGUGUCGGGGAGCUGUGCGUGUCUGGGAAACUCGUGGGUAAAGGCUACCUAAACCGUGCCCAACUGACCGAGGAGAGAUUUCCGACUCUCAAGGUUUUCAAGGAAAGGGUUUAUCGAACGGGCGAUCUGGUCAGAUUGCUUCAUGAUGGUUCCUUUGACUUCUUGGGCCGAGCCGAUGACCAAGUCAAACUGCGCGGCCAGCGCCUUCAGCUCGGCGAGAUUGACCAUGCCAUUCGAUCUGGGGUGCCCCAUAUCCGCGAAGUGGCUACGAUUGUAGCGAAGAAUAACAAGACAGGAAAGGAUCUUUUAGUAUCUUUCGUCGUUCCGCAACGAGAUGGCACAGCAGACUCCCCCACGGGACUGAGCGUGCUAGAAGCUGAAGUCAAGGAGUUGAGAGCCUUUUUCAGCAACCUCUCGGCUCAAGAUCUCGCCAAGCUUUCUUCCACCAUCUCGCAUAAUAAUCCGUGCGACCACCGAUGGCGCGGCUUGGUGUGCCGGGAACUCGGCGUUCAGCACCACGACAUCGAAUAUGUGGUCCCCUGCACGCCCAUUCAGCAAGGAAUUAUUUCCAGGGCCCUCGCGGGAGCUGGAGCAGACCAGUCCACCUACUUCAAUAACUUCCGGCUCUCUCUCGCCACCGAAACAUCGAUAGAAAAGCUCCAGGCCGCAUGGGAAACGACCAUCGCCUCACACGCCAUAUUAAGGACUGUGUUCGUUGCGACCCCGGAUGGUUUCGUCCAAGCUGCCCUUCGCAACCCUCCAGCCCCAUGGAUACAAUUAUCACUACCCUCUGAAUCGUACACGAUUGAGGAGCGCCGCCUGAGAACCGACUGGGUCAACGAAAACUCGCCUCAUAUUGUCAAGCCCAUGCAGCUCAUCAUCAACCAGAGUUCCGAUACAAUCCAGCACAACAUCCACAUCUUCCACGGACUCUACGAUGGUAAUAGUUUCGACACCAUUCUCAAAUUUGUUUUCGAUCAUUACUACCAGCAAUCCCCCAGUAGGCCCUGCGUUUGUCGAUUUGCUGCCACUUGGCCCACUCUGGAAGCACGACUCCACACGGGAAUUCUGGACGCGGCAUCUACAAGGUUGCAGCGCACCGAAGCCUUUGUCCAUGGUGCUCCCAGCCUCCCUAAUACUCCUGAUGUCCUCAUACGUGAGAUCAUUCGAAUUGAAGCACUCGAUGAGGUCAGGAAAUCGCUCGACGUGACCUUCCAAUCCCUAGUGCUGGCUCUUUGGAUCGCCACGCUCCAAUCUGAGGCCAAAGGGGGCGUCAGUACAGGGAUCAUCGUCUCAGGAAGGGUAAUUGAGAGUGAAGGCGUAGAGAACACGAUCGGGCCUCUGUUCAAUACCCUCCCAUUUUUCUCCGACUAUGCCAACGGCGUCGAUUGGACCACACUGAUCAAGCGGUGUCACGAAUACAACGCCACGGGGCAUUCUCUAGAGGUUUCGGUCGUCUCUCGAGCUGAUCAACGCGAUCGAGAGGAGACCUCGGCCCUCGUGAACAAUUUCCUUGAAAAUAUUAACCGUCUUCUUGCCGACCGCAAGUCUCUCAUCUUCGAUCAAAUGAAUGGUAAACCGCGUAGUUCGCAAAUAAAUGCAAGCUCCAGCAGUCGAGUCACCAGCAACGGACACUCAGAGACCAACUCCGCGCUGCGACCGAAUCUUUCCGGCGCGAGUGAGGUAUUGAUCAAAGAGCUCUCGGAGGCCAGUGGCGUGCGUGCAGGAGACCUUUUCGGGCACCUUACAGUCCAAAACCUGGGCCUGGACAGCAUAGAUAUUGUCAAGCUUGCCGCGAAACUAAGAUUCCGGAAUAUCUCCCUCUCCGCCCGAGAAAUCGUCAAGUGCGCUACAAUCGCCGAUAUGGUAGAUCUCGUCGAGAACCUCAAUAAAACUCCCGACGACACGCUGGAAGCUGCAUCCAAGCAGUACCAACGUCUCAAAGCAAAUUUGGCUGGCUCAAUCCAGCUCGGGGCCCUGGACCGGGAGCGUAUUGAGCACGUUCUGCCUUCAACUCCUCUGCAGGAAGGCAUGGUCUCCCAAAUGCUUCAGAGCGAAUGCCACCAGUACUUCAACCAUGAUUUGCUCGAAAUUCCAAGACAAGUAGACCUCCAACUUCUCAAGGAAUCCUGGAUGUCUGUGUUCCAAAACUCAGACAUCUUGAGGACGGUUUUCGCUGAAGUGCUGAGUCCAUCAAUCGAUCUUUCCUAUGCCCAAGUCAUCCUGCGCUCUGCCGAGGCGCCAAUUGAGACGGUCGAGCUGGAGAACAUUAAUCAAGUCCAAGAUCUCAUUAAAAAACCAGGAAGGAUGCCGUCGUAUCGCGAGGUCUGGCUAAUCUCCCACGCGUUAUAUGACGGCUGGUCGCUGGGGCUCUUGCACCGCAAUGUGGAGGCUGUUUAUUACGGAAAGCCCCAGCAUAACCUGUCGGCAGAGCCUUACUUGCAAAACAUUUGGUCAUCAUCCACUUCAAGCCACGGUUUCUGGCAGCAGUACCUAGCGCAUGCCGCCCCUACAAUGCUCGCAAUGCGUCCUGAGCAACAAUUGCUAGUGUCGACAAACCCUCACGCAGAGCUUCUGCAUCGUGCAGAGGCUGUAUCGAAUUGCCAGCUCCAACAAGUCACGGCCUUUGGAAAGAAACACGGUAUAUCCUUGCAAGUGGUCGCUCAAGCCUGCUGGGCUGCCGUUUUGGCGUCCAUGUGCCGGUCGCUCGACCUCACGUUUGGCGUCGUACUCUCCGGAAGGGAUUUUGAGGGUGCGGAAGAUAUCAUGUUCCCGACAAUGAACACUGUUGCACUCAGGUGUAUCCUUCACGGGACUAUUCUUGAAUUCUUGCGCUACAUGGAAGAGAACAUGGCGGAUAUCAGGGACCACCAAUCCUACCCGUUACGGAAAGCCCUGCUGUCCGCAGAAGGGGUCAAUCCUCCGCUUUUUAACACGCUGUUCAUCUUUCAAAAAUCAUCAAUGGAUACGCAGUCAGGUUCCUCGCAAGCGCCUUUGAUGAGGUCCGUCGAAAGCUCCGCAUCUGUUGAAUAUCCGGUCUGCGUGGAGCUGGAAACUCUUAAUGGAUUCUCAAGUGUUUAUCUGUGGUCUCCCGCCAUCACAGUUCGCGAAGAGCUCGGGGAUGUGGCGAACGCCGUACCAGACGAGGAUUCGGGAUCGACGAUUUGGACUGAGACGGAGGAAAAGAUAAGGGAUGUGCUCUGCCAAUUUUCCGGGAUGCCCCCUGAAGAUGCUUUGAAAUCAUCUACCUUAUAUAACCUUGGUCUGGACUCCAUCACAGCAAUCAAAGCAUCAGCAAGCCUGCGAGAGGCCGGAAUUCCAUUGAGCGUCCGGCAGCUCUUAGUGGCAUCCUCAAUAUCCCACAUGGCCGAGCUUGCCAAGAGCUCUCAAUCGAGAUCCCCAGCGGCUUCAGUCUCCACGGAAGUGUCCGCCUUACCUACGGCAACGGAACCAUCAAUUCUGGAACUCAAAGAGAGUCAGCAUUUAUCCCUCAAAAUCCCCUCCUCGGAUGUUGAAUGCGUUCUCCCCGCUCUGCCAAUGCAAGUCCACAUGCUGUCAGUUUGGCAGAACUCAUCCGGCGCCUUGUUCUUCCCCACUUUCCGCUACCGCCUUUCAGGCAUGAGAAGCCAGGCAGCACUCGAGGAGGCUUGGGCUCUGCUUGUGUCGGAGACAGCUAUUCUGAGAACGUUCUUCGUCACGACCCAGGAUUACUCUACACCGCUACUUCAAGUUAUAGCCAAGGCCGGGUCUGCGGCAGCUCUCCGCCGCUCUCGAGUAGCUUGGGUUGAUGCUCUUCCUUCUCAGACUGAUUACGUGUUAGAUGGUGAACUGGUUCAGCUUCAUGUGAAGAGAGAGAGCGAGGCUACAUGCGUCCUCGCGAUCCGCAUUCACCAUGCCUUGUAUGACGCGGUCACUCUUCCAAGCAUAAUCGAAAGAUUUUCGCGCAUCAUUGGGCAGGCGAAAUCUGAAGCCCCAUCGCUUGUUCUGUGGAGAGACUUCAUCAAUAUGCAUACUUACCCCGAGGCCAAGGAUGGACGCCGUCGCUUCUGGAGGCAGUAUCUAGGGGAUUCGGGCACAGCGAAGCCCCAGGAAGAGCCAAAGGAUGGUGAGGCCAUCACGAGCCUCGCAAUGCGCAUACAGCAAGACAUACACGCUAUCACGGAGGCUCCCAAUUCUACAGUUGGACUAUGGGAGGUUGCCGACUGGACCGGCAUCACCAUUGACCUCUUUGUCAAUUUCAUUAACGGUGGGGCAAAGUUAGCGAAGGCUAGGGGGCAGGACGGCUUCCUAGAACCUUUACACGAUGACUCUCUCCAGCCUACCCAGGAACCCGCCGAGGUACCUUUUACUGUGCCCCAGUGGCUCAUAGGAAAUCCUGUGACAGCGUCAUUCCUCGCGGCGAUUGAUGUGGAAGCAGCUGUAGCGGAGAACGGAUUGGAUCUAGGAAUAUUUGCGCCUUCAUUCCUAUUGUCGCAUCUAGAGGCAAAGCAGAUGAUAGAAACCCACCCAGCUGAGCUUGAUGCAAAGCAGAUACUCUCACGUCGCGGCGUGGAUAUUGAACCCUUCCGCUUGGCAUCUGCUGCCAAGUAUAUCGGCAUCAAGGACCCAAAGCCGGACAUCCACGGCCCCGGUUCGCCGCCGUCGGCCGGAACCUACGUGGAGUCGGCAUCGGCACUCGUGAAGAGCGUCCAUCCGAACAUCGAGUAUCGCGUUGUCGAUGAUCACUAUGUCGGGAGCAACGGAAUCGCCCACGUUCGUUUUAAGCAGACGAUCCACGGGAUUGACGUUGAUAAUGGUGACUUUAAUGUCAACAUUGGGAAUGACGGCAGCGUGCUCUCUUACGGGACCAGCUUCUAUACAGAGAAGCUUCCCGAUAUCAACCCCUGGCCAAGCGCAGCUUCGCCUCGCCUACCGCCGCGCUGGGGGCCGCAGUCUCCCUUCUCAAGAUCCCGGCCGGAUGGGGCCUUGCGACUAGCCUGGAGGGUAGAAACGGCGACGGCGGACAAUUGGCUCUUGUCGUAUGUGGAUGCCGGUACGGUGGACGAGGUCCAUGGAGUGGUGGACUACAUUGCCGAUGCUGCAACGUACCAGGUUUAUCCAUGGGGCCUCAAUGACCCAACGGAGGGCAAUCGCAUUGUUAUUCCCGACCCCUGGAACCUUGCAACAUCCGAGUUCAUGUGGAUUGGCGACGGUGCCCAUAAUUACACCACUACUCGGGGCAACAAUGGCAUCGCGCAAGACAACCCUACUGGCGGUAAUACGGUGGUCAACAAUCACAGACCGGACAGCAAGGAGCUCAAGUUUGAGUACCCGUACAGCCCCGCCACGCAAGACUUCAAGCAAUAUGUGGACGCGUCCAUCACCCAACUGUUCUACACGGCUAACAAGUACCACGACCUGCUGUACCAGCUGGGAUUCACGGAGAAGGCGGGAAAUUUUGAGCUCAACAACAACGGGCAGGGAGGCCAGGGCAAUGACCUGGUGGUCCUCUAUACGCAGGACGGUUCGGGACGCAACAACGCCAACUUUGCCACGCCGCCUGAUGGGAGGCCGGGAGUGAUGAGGAUGUACAUAUUCGACCGGUCGACGCCCCCGAGGGACUCGUCCUUUGAGGCUGGGGUGGUUAUUCACGAGUUCACGCACGGUUUAUCGACCCGGCUCACGGGAGGACCUGCCAAUUCGGGCUGCCUCAGUUCGGCCGACGAUUCGGCUCAAGGCUGGGGACACGCGAGCCAAGGACUACGGGAUGGGAGCAUGGAUUGCCAACAAACCGGGGGCAUCCGGCUGUUCCCCUACUCGACAUCUCUGCAGACAAACCCGGCGCAGUAUAAGGACGUGUCGAACCUCAAGGGCGUCCAUGACGUCGGUUUCGUGUGGGCUUCGAUGCUUUACGAGGUGCUAUGGAACCUCAUCGACAAGUACGGGAAGAACGACGGAGACCAGCCCAGGUUUGAGGGUGGCGUGCCGACGGACGGCAAGUACCUCGCGAUGAAGCUGGUGGUGGAUGCCAUGGCGCUGUAA